AUGAUUUCUACCUAUUUUGCCGUUUUCUUUACAUUGAAUCUCUUACAUAUCUCACAGUCAUUACAAUCUGGUUAUACAUGUGAAACAACAGUAACAUUAGCCUGUUCUCAAUCACAAAAGAUUGUCAUUCUCGAAGUGAUUUAUUCAUCGGAAUGUCCAAAUAUAAACGAGUCAUUAAAUGGUACUUCAAUAUAUGCACCAUCUCGUUGUAUUGGUUAUUAUCGAGAACGAGCAAGUAGUCUAUGUAAUGGAAAAGAAACAUGUAUUAUAGACAAUAGUCUUGAACAACGUCCAUCAUUUCUUAUUGGUAAACAAGCUAAUUGUGCAUUUAAAGGACAAAGUAUAAAUAUAGAAUAUUCAUGUAUUCCUGAUUUUCAAUCGAAUAAAUUGCCUCGAAUUGAUAUUUGUUCAUUAGAAUCACUAGAUGAUAUUAAAGAAGGUUUUAUUCAUACACCUAAUUAUCCAAAUAAUUAUCCGAAUAAUCUGGAAUGUUCAAAAAAAAUACCAGCACCAGUUGCUAGUCAUCGAUUAAAAAUUUAUGCUCUUGAUUUUGAUGUAGAAAGUAUAAGUGUAACUCGUUUGACGCGUAUUACACGUAUUACUGAUUGGUUAGAAAUUAAUAGUAAUGGAGACAAAUUAUAUGGUAUACGACCACCAUUUACUCUUUUAUUUGAUGAUGUUAUUGAAGCAUCAUUAAUGUUUAAAACAGAUUUGUCUAAUACAAAACGAUCAUAUAAUGGAUUUUUACUUUAUUUCAUCGUUACACCUGUUCGUCGUUCUCGACUACCAACAACAAAAAUAAUAACAACUACAAAUUUGAAUGUUCUCUCUGAUGAUGAUUCUAUAACUGCAAUUCAACAAAAAACAGCUGGACUUAUUGUAGAUAAUCGACGACAAAAUAAUACUGGCUUAAUUUUACUUAUUAUUCUUCUCUCUGGUAUUCUUUUCAUUGUCAUCUGUGCCGUUCUACUUUACAAACGUCGAAAUGAUCGUCGUGUUCGUUAUUUAGUUGAAACAUUUAAUUCAUUCAUACCAAAACAAUCAAGAUCCGUAAUGCUUGAUUCAUUCGAUAAAAGUGAUGAAACAAAAUUGGAUUUAAAAUAUGAUUUAUCUUCAACAAGUAACAAUAAUAAAUCAAAUUUAAAAUAUC